CGGCGCACGCCAGUUGUGCGCGACUGGUGUGUCCGUCUGCCAUGUUGAGAAGUGAAGUCGUCGUGUGUUUGGGGCGUGCAUCGGCUGUAUUUGGCUGCGAAUCGGCGAUCAGUGAAUGAUGUGCCGCGUGAUUGUGCCGUUCUAGCGCGACUCGACGAGCGCAGCACACGAUGGUGAGCGCGCAGCCGGCCGACAAGUGCGGAUUCGGCGGUUCGGCAGCGCAAAAGCCAGUGCUCCACCUCCUGCUCGGUGCCGCCGCCGCUGCAUCCCACAUCUGCCCAGCAACACGAAGAAUGCGCCCCGAUUUGUGUUUACGACCGUGUGUAUGGUGAUGAUACUGUCUUAGGCGAUGCAUAUACGUAGGAUUCGCAAUUAGCCGCACAAUUGGUCGCUGACGCCGCGUCCGCACGUUCAGCGGGACGCGUCUCCGAUCGCAGGUCGCCCGCUUUAUUUUGUCCCCGUGCUUUUGACCCGACCGACCGAGUGGGCGAGUCCAUUGUCGCGCCGAGCCAGGGGGUGCGUCCGCCGUCGAGCCGCAGCCCGCCCGACCGACCCGCGACCAAAACACGCCGCCGGGACGCAGGGCGGACACCGUGUCGGACAGCUCGACCGACCUGCUUGUGAUAUUACGGCCGAAUCCACGUACACUUUGAAUUCGUAGGCUCUCAAAUUGUUAUUGUUGUUGUCGUCGUCGUCGUCGUCGCACGGCCAAUUCGAACACAUAAACAAACAAACCGGUCCGCCCAGGUGGUUGCUACUGCUGCUGCUGAACAAGAGGAUUUCUCCAUCGGGCUGUCCGGACAGGCCUGCGGCUAGAGCAUGGGCCAUGUCCAAUGGUGGUGUGCUUGCUGAUCGCCGUGCCCGUGACGCUGCCACCCCGCGAGGUGCCGACUAGUGUCGUGGUGGUAGUCGUAGUGCUCCUCUACCGCACCACCAUGGAGGCGUCUGUGGACGGUGCCACGGCCGAGGCCAACAUGAUCGCCAUGCAGUUGAGAAAGCAUCAAGCCGACUUUAGCAAGCGCCUUAUCGGCAUCGACAAGCAGAAGGAAAAACCUGGCGAGGUGAGCUCCGUGGGCCGCCUUCUGCACCAAUCGGUCGGCAGGGGUCACAAUGCGCCCCUCUACGGCCGUCUUGUGCCCGAAGAGCAGCUGGAACAGAUUACCUCGUCAUUGGCCGCCGCGCCCGGCAGCUUGGGCACGCCGGCCGCCGACAUCCAGGCUAUGCAGGCGCGGAUCCCGCAGCAUUUUCGGGACCCCGCCACCGCACCCCUCCACAAGCUCAGUGUUGACCUCAUCAAGACUUAUAAACACAUCAAUGAGGUGUACUACGCCAAGAAGAAGCGACGGGCGCAGCAGACGCAGGGCGAGGAUUCGUCCCACAAGAAAGAACGCAAGUUGUACAAUGACGGCUACGACGACGACAACCACGACUAUAUCAUCAAGACGGGCGAAAAGUUCCUCGACAGAUACGAGAUUGACUCGCUCAUCGGCAAGGGCUCGUUUGGUCAGGUCGUCAAGGCUUUCGACCACGAUGAGCAGUGCCACGUGGCCAUCAAAAUCAUCAAGAACAAGAAGCCUUUCUUGAAUCAAGCACAGAUAGAAGUUAAAUUGUUAGAAAUGAUGAACGACGCAGAUGCCGAUAACAAGUUUUACAUAGUGAAAUUAAAGCGGCACUUCAUGUGGCGGAAUCAUUUAUGCCUAGUGUUUGAGCUCCUCUCGUACAACCUGUAUGACCUCUUGAGGAACACCAACUUCCGAGGGGUGUCGCUCAACCUGACGCGCAAGUUCGCGCAGCAGUUGUGCACGGCGCUCCUCUUCCUCUCGACCCCUAAGCUCAGCAUCAUCCACUGCGACCUCAAGCCUGAAAACAUUCUCCUUUGUAACCCCAAGCGAUCAGCAAUCAAGAUAGUAGACUUUGGCAGCUCGUGUCAACUUGGGCAAAGGAUAUACCAGUAUAUCCAGUCCAGGUUUUACCGGUCACCAGAAGUUCUUCUUGGUAUACCUUACGACUUAGCGAUAGAUAUGUGGAGUUUGGGUUGCAUUCUAGUAGAGAUGCAUACAGGUGAACCACUUUUUAGUGGAGCUAAUGAGGUGGACCAAAUGAAUAAAAUAGUAGAGGUGCUAGGCAUGCCACCGAGGCACAUCCUCGACCAAGCACACAAGGCGCGCAAAUACUUUGACAAGUUACCCGACGGUUCUUAUGUGCUGAAGAAGCCCAAGGACGGCAAGCGAUAUCGCAACCCAGGCUCAAGACGUCUCAGUGAUAUAGUGGGUGUAGAAGCUGGAGGACCCGGCGGCCGACGGGCCGGCGAGCCCGGACACUCAGUCAGUGAUUACCUUAAGUUUCGUGACCUUGUGCUGCGCAUGCUCGACUACGACCCGAAGACGCGGGUCACGCCGUUCUACGCGCUGCAGCACAACUUCUUCAAACGCACAGCCGACGAGGCAACCAACACGAGUCACAGCGCCAGUCCGGCGCUCGAGCCACCCCUGCCGCAGCCCUCGUCGUCUGGUGGCCAAGCUCUGAGCCUGGUGAAUAAGAUGCAGCGGAGCGGCGCGCAGCGGCCGGACCACAGCCACCACAGCUUGGGGAACUUUGUGCCGGCGCACCCGGCCGCCUCCAGCUUCGUGCACAAUUCGACGCAGACAGCCGCCGGGCAGGCGGCCAACGACUUCGGGGGCUGCAAGUCACCGCUGCGGUACGUGUCGGCAGCGCCGCAGGUGGCGGCGCCGACCGGUGGCGGUGGCAGCAUGGACUUCGAGUCGCCGUGGCUCAACUGCUACCCCGGCGUGCAGCCGACGCACCACGUGCACCACGUGGGCAGAGGCGGAGGCGGCCCCGGGGGUGGUGGCGGCCCGCCGGGACGACCGCCCCCGCAGGCCUACCUCACGUCGUCGCUGCCGGUGGAGCUCGAGUCAGCCGCCUUCCACCUGAAGGUGCACCAUCCGGGCGUGCACCUGAUGCAGCCACCCUUCGGCAGCCAGAACUCGCUCAGCGAGGCGGCGGCCAGCGUGUCGGCUGCGGCGGCGCCCGUGAGGCAGGACUCGUCCAGCGGCGACCGCGAGGACAGUCCCAUGAUGGGCGUGUGCGUGCAGCAGAGCCCCGUGGUCAGCCAUUAACGCUGGCCCCCCGCUUAGUUCGACACGGACGCGCAGCCUGCACUGUGUGUGUGUGAUUUUCAGUGGACGGACGCCGAGUGUGCCGUCCCAAGUAGGAAGAAGUGUCCCCGACCGAUUGAUUGACCGACCAACUUUUAAUCGGAGCAAACAUAGGUUAAAGAUAUGUCUUUUUUAAGUGCUGUGAGUGACUUUUUACAUUAUUGUAAAGGUGUACAUGUUAAAUUAUGAAUCGAGGGGGAUUACUGCUAUUUAUUACACGCUAAAUUAUAUAUUGAUGCGAAAAAAGAUAUUGAAAUCAAGCAAACAGAUACACACUACUACUAUAACUACACACACACACACACACACACACACUACUUCUUAAAGGUUAAAAUAAUAGAGCAAACACACGCAUACACUCACCAACUCACUCACACACACUGCAAGCGAAAUGAUUGAUUUAUCAAGCCGUAGAUGAACGUAUUCCUUCCCUUCUCUCGCGGCCCGGCCGCCGGUCCAACGCGGACGCUUUUGAACAAGGUCCGAGGGUCUUAAUUCAUUCCGUAGGCUGGCCCGCCUUGGUAUCUCAGGGCCGGUGGCAAGGCUGUUCGUAAUAGGGAACCAACCGCCUGUCUCAUUAGUUUCACGAGAGGGAGGAUGAUGGAAGGACACAUUUCCACAGCCAAUCAAUCAAAUUAAUCAAUUCGGACCGUCGGCUUUGAGAGAGGAAAAAAAUAAUUAUUAUCGCGUAGACAGAGCAGAAUGCAAUUCUUGUGAUUACUGUAUAUGAGUGACGACUACUCUGCAUAGCGUUUCAUGUAAUGCAGUGGAAAUAUACAUAUAAAUAUUUAUUUUAGACGAUCCCCUAUGUGCAAUAAAACGUAUACUAAAACCUUCUGAAGCUGAUCGGUAACUAAGCUGUAAGGAUUAAUAUGUCUAAGUUGCGUGGUGAUUAAUUAAUUUAUUGCCUGAUUGAAUGGAAAGAAGUAGUUGUUAAUUAAUCGUUUACAUCCAAGCUGAGAGAAGAAAAAGAAUUUGAGACGAAAAUCGACAGUUUUUAUUUUUCUCGACGGGAAUGCAUUCAGACUUUUUCGACAACAUGCAAACGCACCUGGUGAUAUGAAAAACAGGGCCUUCCGUUGUCCUCUUCUUUUCCAUUGUUUCCCACCCUUAAGUAAAAAGCUGCAAAAAGCACUUGCAAAAAAAAGGAAAACUCAAAUCUAGCAACCUCCACUGUGUGUUUCCCAAAGAAUCACCGCCACUCCCACCAAAAACCGCAAACACUUAAACAAAAUAGCAGACAGUUCAUAAAUGGCGAAAGUUGAGGCAUAGCGUCUAAUUAAGUAACAAUGUCUUAAUUAUACAAUUACAUAGAGGAUGUCGAUUGACACACAAUACGAACGUGACACCGGAAAUAUCAGGAAACAUAUUGCGCGAUGCUGCAUCAGAAAAUUGUUGAAUCGGAUAUGUUAUUCUAUACAAGUGCAUUGUGGUGAUCGAUCAUAAAGAGUAUUUGUUUUGUAUACAGAGCAAAAAUUGUCGAAUUGGUUGAGGAAAUGCUUUGAACAUGAAAGAGACAAGAACACUCACAGUGUUUAGGGACCGUUUCACUCGAAGACUUGAACAACUCCACAGUUCAUACAACCCUCAUCAGCUGUUGAUUUUGUUGAGUUUUAUCGAUUAAAGCGUAGGUGAAGAAAGUUGA